GUUCCAGUCACAGGACUCCACUCGGUGUGUAGGGUAGGGGCUCGGGGUGGGGGACUGCGGGGCUUGGAGAACUGGGCUUUGCGUUUCGCAGGGUCAAGUGCACUCGCCAAGGGCCAGCCGCAGCCGCACAGCCCCCUCACCCUCAUCCCAUUGCCAGUCUAGCCCUGCACCCCUAACCUGUUCUCUUGGGUAGGCGUUGGAGCCGCCUCUGCACCCUCUCCCCCUCCUUAACUUUCUAAAUAGCUUCAGGGAAGAGGCGGGGUGGGAGGUGCGGUUAAAAGUCUGGAAACAGGUGUCUAAAACUUAAAAAGCUCAGAGGCGCCUCUCCACUUCUCAAGUCGGUGAGUCAGAGAGAGGCACACUCGCCACACCGCCGGAGGAGCGAGAGAACGAGUCCGCGCAAGGAGGUGGCAGUGGCCGGUGUCUUCCCGAGCCACCAACACCUGACCAGCAGAGUUGGGGGCUGAGCCCGCCGCUGGCCCCCCAGCUCAGCCUUGUCCUUCCCGGCCAUACUCCGAACUGCCUUUCGAUUGCCCGCUGCCAGGUGCUGCUGACACAGGGAAAAGCCUGAAGAAGAGAAGAUGGACUGGAGCACGCUACAGACUAUUUUGGGGGGUGUCAAUAAACACUCCACCAGCAUUGGCAAAAUCUGGCUCACUGUCCUGUUCAUUUUCCGCAUUAUGAUCCUGGUCGUGGCUGCUAAGGAAGUAUGGGGAGAUGAACAGGCUGAUUUUGUCUGCAACACUCUCCAGCCAGGAUGUAAAAAUGUGUGUUAUGACCACUUUUUCCCCAUCUCUCACAUCCGACUUUGGGCUCUGCAGCUGAUCUUUGUGUCAACCCCAGCCCUCUUGGUGGCCAUGCACAUUGCUUACCGAAGGCAUGAGAAAAAGAGAAAGUUCAUCAAGGGAGAGAUAAAGUCUGAAUACAAAGACAUAGAAGAAAUCAAAAAACAAAAGGUUCGCAUUGAAGGAGCCCUGUGGUGGACCUACACAAGCAGCAUAUUCUUCAGAGUCAUCUUUGAAGCAGUCUUCAUGUAUGUGUUCUAUUUUAUGUACAAUGGAUUCUCCAUGACUCGAAUGGUGAAAUGUAAUGCUUGGCCCUGUCCCAAUACUGUGGACUGCUUUGUUUCUCGACCCACUGAAAAGACAGUCUUCACUGUUUUCAUGAUUUCGGUGUCUGGAAUUUGCAUACUGCUAAAUGUCAUUGAAUUGUGUUAUCUGCUGAUAAGAUAUUGUUCUGGGAAGUCCAAGAAGCCAGUUUAAAUAACUGCCCAACCGCCAGAUAAAAGGUAGAUGAGACAAAAUGGAUUGUGGCAACUUCUGCUAGCCAUCAGGACCCAAUCACCAAUAUUUCCCAAAAUAAAGAAUACAAACCUUUUUUUUUAAAAUGUCAUUAAUUGAAACCCCUGUAGUCCUCACAUGAUACUCUUGAUAACUGUGCCAGUAAUCUCCAGCUGGAGAUUUACUCUUAAGGCCUCAUAGAAUGGUCCAAUUCUACUCAUUUUUAGCUUUUUGUUCUUUAAAACAAAAGUUAGUUGCAGUGACACCCUUUAGUGGGAGCAUUCAUUCCAAGGUGCUUUUCUUUUUAUAAAGUGGAAAUGUACUUUUGUUUCUCUGACUGCAAUUGUGGGAGCGGAGGGAACACUAGAGUCUGGAAGGGCUAUGGGUGAGCUUGAUCUGUCUGUUUCUCAUGGUGGUAACUUCACAAAUUAAAGCUGUACACAUAGGAAUUGAAGACUUUGUAAAAUGUAACCACGUCAUUGGAAAGAGUUCAUUUCUAAGGCUAUAUGGUUGCUUUAUGCUACAACUUUCAUUUUCUGAGUUUUUGGUUUUGUUUUGUUUUGUUUUUUUAACGUUAAAACAAGACAUAUCCUUUUUACCUCUGAUUGACAAAAUGCCCUGAUUACUCUGUACUGUUGCUGUUCCUCCUAUUUCAAAUCCUCAGCUUUGUGAAAUGUAAAUGACAUGUAUUUAGCUACUAUCUUUUAAUUGUCUUUAUUUAAAAUAUGGACUUUUGGUCAUGGAUAAUUUGCGGUGAAACAGAGAGGACCUCCAAAAUAUUGGUGAUGUAGGUAGUAGCAGCAUGUCAGCACCUCUCAAGGAUUUAUCUUGUCAGAAAUAUCCACAGAGAAGUGCUUACUCUUGAUUCAUGGUAGUGGGUUUCUCCAUACCCAAAACAGGAAUGUGAUAGUCCGUAAACAAAGAAGAGAUUGGUUUUAAACUUUGAGUGUCGGUGCACAUCCGGCAUCAGAUGGUAAUCAGUUGUAUUUUCUCAUAGCACAUCCUAUAUUCCCCAAUGACAUUUGUCUUCAUUAUAAUGAUGGCAUUAAAAUGGUAAUUAUUUUGUCAUAAUAUGUUCCAAAUACUGUAAGCUCCUUGACGACAAAGACUGUUGUCAUUUUUCAUCUGUGUCCCCAGUGUCUUGAAUAUAGUGGGUACUUAGUGAAUAUCUGAGUUGGGGCUCAGACCAAUCUUGAUUGUUAAACAUAUGAAGUUUAGUUAUUUUCAGCAGUUUGUUUCCUUUAAGAGUUCAUAGGAAACAGAAGAACAUUAAAGCAGGAGCGUUAAAAGUGUGAUGAACAAAAGACGAAACUAAGAAUUAGAUAAAUACUCCGGGGUGUAAAAUAUGGUUAGCAGUUCCAUUAGGAUAAGUUAAAUCCUAAUUUCACUUUAUCGAUUGAUAUGGUUCUCAAACAGAGGUACCUGAUUCAUUGUAAGGGAAGAUAGUUUCCUGUCCUAGCACUGGGAAACCUUUUGUAAUAGUGAUUUUUUUUUACUUGUAAGUUCAUAACUAAAAUAAUUAUGUAAUAUCUAAAAUUUUACUUAAAGUAUUACAAGGCACAAUAGAGUCAUGCAGAUAGUUAUUUUCAAUAGAUUAAAUUUUUAAUAAAACAGCAACUCAAUUUUA